AUGAAAAAUUCAACCACAUUUCGGAGCUUGUCAUUGAGUCAUCUUCCAUCGGAAAUUAAUUUUGAAAUUUUCUUGUAUUUAAAUUUUGAAGAAAUUUAUAACAUCAUUUUCGGAACGAAUAGCCAGAGUUCCAACUUGGAGUGUGCUAAAUUAUUUCCGAAUUUAAAUGAUUUUUUAAUUUGGAAAUUUAUUGAGAAAGUGGAACUCAUGAUUGUGCACUUGAAACCUCUAAGACAUUUACAACACGCACAACGCAAACGACCAGUGAGACUAUUACUCGAUUUGAAACCCUAUUUUUUCGAGAGAAUGACGCAAGUUCCACAAAUAGAAGGUGAUGAAAUAUUUCACAACCAACAAGUGUCAAAAUUUCACAGUAAUCGUUUAAAUUUUACUGUAAAUUUUCAAUAUUAUUACAUGAGAUUUGGAAUCAAACAGUUGCACCAAGGUCUAUCCAAAUCCGAUAAAUACUUUUUUGACAUGGACCAAUACUUUAAAACCAUUCAACUCAUUGAAAAAUAUUAUUUACCAACACCUAAUCCUUAUUUUUACAAAGAUCUCACAUACUAUUUUAUUCGUUGCAUGGACGCCGCUUUGAAACAUUGUUGUAGAAAAUGGCAUCACUUUACCAGCACAGUUUGGCCUGACAAUAUUCUCGAACGUAAAACUGAAAGCAAAUUGAAGCUUUUACAAAAAUUGAAUGAGAGAAUGGAAUGGGUAGUAUGCAUUGUAAAACAACAGGAUUGCUAUUUGAAGCAAAAAACAGUGCAAUGGUUUAUAGAAGUUGCUUCACAAUUAGAUAAAACCAUUGCAACACAUGACUUGAUUUUGACAUUUUGGAAAAUCACACCAAAUAUUGAGAGUUUUGAACCCUUAAUUGAAGUACUACAUUGGAUCAAUGGAAAGAGCUCCUAUCACAUGGUUGUAGAUAUUUUCACAGCUUUGCGCAUGAGAUUACAACGAGAAUUGAAAAUUUCACACAUGCAAGAUUUUGAGCGUUUUUGCAAUUUAUUGAAAUUUCUAAGAUCUUCCUUCUUGGAUAUGGAUUCUAAUGGUUACCUCUUCAAUGAAAAAUCUAGAAAAUUUGUGACACUUGCCAUUGAACUCAUGGAAGCCAUCAUGAAUGCACAACACUUGUUAGCUCCAGAAGUGCACUAUGAAUUUUCUCAAUUCCUUGAAAAGUACCGAUUGGAAAAGAAUUUAUUUCCUAGCAGCUCGCAGUCUUAUCAAUUGUACAGUCGUGUCUUUGAACAGAACUCAAGGUCUAAUAAUGGUUAUUAA